AUGGACGACGCUGUGCCGAAUCGAAACCCAUCUGACAAGGAUGAUGCCGUAGCUAUGGUAGGCGAGGUGCGACAUAGCAUUGAUCCUGUCGUGGAAGCAAGGGCCAUCAGGAAGAUAGACUGGUUUUUGAUCCCAGCAAUGAUAUGCGGAUAUGGCCUUGUCUACUACGACAAAGCUAUCCUUGGUUCUGCUGCCCUCUUUGGCAUGACUGCAGAUCUCAAGCUGAGUGUUGUUGACAACUCGACCGUGCCUCCAACUGUCGACACCAGGCGCCUCAGUUGGGCAACCUCUCUCUUCUACUUUGGCAUGCUGGGAGGCCUGUACCCCAUGACAUUUGCGCUCCAGCGCUUUGACAUGGGUAGAAUCCUUGGAGCUGUUGUCAUUCUUUGGUCUGCUAUCUGCAUGCUCACUGCAGCGGUAACAUCCUGGCAGGGCCUCUUUGUUCAGCGCUUCUUCCUAGGCUUUGUGGAGAGCAUCAUCCCGACGGGCUUCAUGUGCAUUGUUUCAGGAUAUUACACUCAAUCUGAACAGUCACUCCGGCAAAGUUGGUGGUUCAGCAGCACUGGGCUAUUCACCAUCAUUGGCGGAGCGUUGAACUAUGGCUUUGCUCAGAUUACAGGUGGAGGACUGAAGAGGUGGCAGUACAUAUAUCUGUUUGGCGGCUCACUCACAUUCAUCUUUGGCCUCUUUUGCUUUGCGUUACCGAAUUCGCCAGUUUCAGCUUGGUUCCUGUCUAACGAAGAGCGAUUUGCAGCGGUCGAGAGACUCCGCUAUGGACAAACUGGAGUGCGGUGCACAAAGUUCAAGUCAUCUCAACUGAAAGAGGCCGUUUUGGAUAUUAAAGUCUGGCUAAUCUUUGUGAUGAUGGCAUCUGCAUACACAGUCAACGGUGCAGUGAGCGGCUUUGGACCUCUCAUCGUAUCGACAUUCGGCUGGAACACCCUCCAAUCGAUCCUCUUCCAGUUCCCUCUUGGCGGCUUAUGUUUCAUUGUCAUUUUAGCGACCGGCUACAUUGGCUCGAAAGUCAAAAAUAUUCGUAUCUUUAUGCUCAUUUUUACCUGCUUGCCUGUCAUUGCUGGCUGUGCCAUCAUCUGGAAAAGCACCUGGAGCCAUCAUGCUGCCGCUCCUAUCGUAGGAUAUUCCAUCACAGGUUUCUUCGGCGGCACAGUCAGUCUCAUCAUCACGAUUGGAAUGGCCAACGUGGCGGGCCAUACGAAGAAGAGUUUCAUGGCCGCGACAAUUUUUGUUGCUUACUGCGUUGGAAACAUUGUUGGCCCGCAACUGAUAUGGUCACAAACCAAGAGCCGUCACUAUCCUGCCUUAUGGCUUGGUCUGAUAAUAUGUUAUAUCAUUUGCAUCGUUGCAUCGACCAUGCUGUACUUUGUCCUACGGGCUGAAAACAAAAAAAAGAUGGCCUUGCUGGAAGAUGAAGCUGAGCGAGCAAAGCUUGCAUUUCAAGACCUCACGGACAAGGAGAACCCUUACUUCCGCUACGUUUACUAA